AUGGAGGAGACAGGCCACAUCGACUGGCUCUAUGGCGUUGGGAAACCCGAGACAGCCACUGGCGCCCCUGUAGUGGUGGCCGGCAAGGAGGUUGAACGAAGCGUUCGGAAAACGCGAGUUAGGCUCGAAACAAAAGUACUGCAGAAGUAUGGAUCGCUGAUCUUGCAGGACCAAGUUCAGUUCACGGACCAAGAGGAGUGGGAUUUCCGGCGCCUCUAG